ACUAGCAUUAGUAUGCGUGUUAAAGAGAAAGAAGAUCAAAAAGAGUAAGACGUUAUUAUUGCGAAGGUAGUGUGUGUAACAGGACUAGUGUGUAGGAACUAGAAACCAGUGUGUCACAGUCUCACAAAACAUCUGUAGCACUUUGCUGCUGACUGUUACUGACUACUGAAUUGCGAACAUGUCGAUGUCAACGGAAGAAAAGAUUCGCCACUAUCAGAGAAGCAUCGAUAGAUCUAUUCUUGACAAAUCAAGAUUAUUACAUUGUAUUGAAAUACUAUCAAAAUUACCAGUGACAGUACAGCAUCUACAGGUAACUGGAAUCGGUCGUACAGUAAAUGCUCUUCGUAAAAUUGAAAAUGGUGUUGGAGAUGCAGCUAAGCGCUUGGUAGCUAAAUGGAAAAUAAUGGUAGCAAAUACUGAUACUAGUGAAGAGGAAGAUGAGGCCUGUGUGCCAGAUGUUCCCGAGAGCUAUGAAUCACCAGAAUGUGAUUCUGAAUCAGAAAAUAUAAUAAACGAAAGCAGAGGCAGUAACAUUAUUCCACCAGAGGCUUUAAGAAGACCAGUACUUUCCCCUUCUAUCAUUUUAGAUGAAGAUAUUUUGUCAAACACCUCUCCUUCUACAUCAAAUAAUCACAUAGCAUCUGAUGAUGAAGAAAAAUUGACAAGCCAUAAUAUCUCAAAGGCUAAAAGUAAAAUCAAAUCAUUGGAUAUUAAUUCAAAAUUUACGAAUUCUAAACACUUGUGCCACAAAGGCAAAGGUUCAAAAAAAGAAUCAAAAUCUAAAAGAGACAAACAUAAAGAUGAGUCUGCAAAGGUCAAUAAGAACAACUUAAAAGAUCCAGAAAAUAUUAAAAACAAAAAAAAAGAUAAAGAUAAAAAUAAAAUCGAAUCAUGUACAAGUUCAUCUUCAAGUAAAAAUAAAAAAUUCUCAGAUGAUGAAAAACACAGAAAACGAACAUAUGACUCAAGUUCGAGCGAUGCAGAAAAUGAUAUUAAAAAAAAAAAAAAACUGGAAAGUGAAGAAGAAAAUGCAUAUAAUGAAGAAUAUGUGAUAAAUGAUGAGGGAUCAGAGGAUGAAAAGAAUUGCAGAAUGCCCUCAUUAGACAGUCAAUUAAAAGAAAAGUCUAGUCUGAAAAGUAUAAGCCAGAGUGAUAAAGAAAAGUUGAAAGAAAAGCAUCGCAAUAGUUCCAGCCAUGGCAAAAUCAAAAAGCACGAAUCCAGUGAAAAGUUGAAAAAGGAUGAAAAACAAUCGAGUUCUAAAUCGAAUGAAUGUGCAAAGGAAAGAAAAUAUAAAAAUGAUGAACAGUGUAAUAAGGAAUCAUUGAAAUUAACAUCAAGUUCCUCCAGUAAUAGGGAUCAUUCUAAAAUAAAAUACAAGGAUAAAGAUAAACACAAUAAGGAUAAAGUAAAGGAAUCAAAUAGUAAAAGUCAUAAAGAAGAAAAAAAUACCACUAAAGAUGAUAGAGGAAAAUGUAAGGAAAAUAAUGAAGUCAAAGAACAUAAAGAAUCCAAGUCACACAAAGUACAAAAGGAACACAAAGAGAAAAAAAAAACAAAAAAAAGCGGUUAUGGUGGAAUAGAUUGUAAUUCAGGUACAAGUUUUGCUGAUGCUCUUGGUAUGUGUACAAUGUUGCCACCGUCAAAAAAGAAAAAAGAAAGUAUUUCUUUAAAUUUAUCAAAAUCAAGUAAAAUAGACCAGCCAAGUGCACAGUCAAGUCCAGUUAUACCUUCCAGUAGUAAAUGUGUACUGCAUAAAGUGAAGAGUGAACCAGAUAGUCCAGAAUCUUUACCUCUUUUGUCGUCUAAUGUUAAAUUAGAGCCACUUAGUAGAAUCGACGAAGAAGUUGAUUUAGCAUCAACUUUACCAGAACCUAGCCCACAUUAUAAACCCUUGCCACAUUUGAAUCAUGCUCAGCGUAGACAAGACGAAGAUAAUAUGUUAUCUCAAGUAAUUUAUGCUAAAAAUCAAAGAACAAAAGUAUAUUCGGGCAAUAAGAUCGGUUACACGAACGUACCAAGUCUUUAUGAAAUGUGUAUUCGAGUACUUAUUGAAAAUAUUGAUGCUCUUGAGUUCACUGGUGGCGUACCUUAUUAUAUAAUUAAGCCUGUACUCGAGCGUGCUACACCCGAUCAGUUAUUCAUACUGGAACAUCAUAAUCCUUAUUUAAUUGAAGAUUCGGAUCCUCUUUGGAAAUUUCAUUGCAGCAAAGAUUUUCGAACUAAGCAAAGAGAAGAGAUGGAGACAUGGCGUGAAAUGUAUAUGCGAUGUCUUGACGAACGCGAAGCAAAACUUAAAGCUUUAACAGCCAAUAUAAAACAAUCAAUAGAUAAAUCAACACCUGUAAGAUCAACAAAACUAGCAUAUGUAGAUAAUGUAGUAAAACCACCUCGAAACGUGUUACGAAAACAGGCCAAAUAUGGCACAGCCAAUUCUUCAAGUAAAGUCUCAGAUCUUAAAAAGAAGUUAAUAGCAACAUCUGGAAGUUGCAGCAGUAGUAGUGGAAAUAGCGGUAGCAUGUUAGAAGAAAGGAUCACCGUACCUCCACCGCCCGUCGCAAGAAUCCGAUCGUCUUCAUCAUCUACACUGAAGAAAACAAAGGCUCCUUUGAUGGCAAAGGCUCUUCAGGCAAUAAAAGGUCGAUACAAGCGAUAGUACCUAAAGUUGCACAUAUUUAUGAAAAUUAGUUGACAGAAUUGAUUCUCUUCUGUCCAACAAUCGCGUAUUUAUAUAUAUAUUUUUUAUUACGUUUCGUAAUAAUUUCUUGCUAACAGAACAGCAUUAAUAGUGUCGAUAAAAUGUAACAAAAUCGAUUUUGUUUCGACAAUUUCACAAUUUAUAAAGUAAAGGAAGCAAAAUAGAAAGUUAAAACGUUAUCAAAAUACUUCUAUGAAAAUGUGCUUCAAACAUUGUACUAUAUACAUUGUGGAGAUAAAAAUUGUAAACUGUGUACCUUUACUAUACGCAACUUAAAUUUUUAUGCAGAUCUUUGAAUAAAAAGAUAAAGAGUUUGAGAGGAAAGCAAAAGAACAAGACAGAGAUAGA